AAAGGUGAAAAUCUGUAUUCAGAACUCAGAAGUAAGUCAAAGAGGAAACUAGUUAGUUGUUAAACACUAAUCUUUGCAAAAAAAAUAAUAUCAUAAAUUUGAAAACUGAAAAUUGAAAAAAUAACAUUCUCCAUUUUCACUACAUAAUAAAAAAUUUAAUUUUGCUAUAACCGAAUUUGAAAUGGUAAUAGAAUGUAAUAAAAAAGAACGAGAAAAACUUUUCAGUCAGUCUAAUGGUGCACUUUUACCAGGGUAUACUGGUCAUUGUCCAACAUUGAAAUUCCGUUUUGGGAAACGAUAUGGAGCUAAUACUUUAGACAUUAUUCAGGAACUUCGUGAGAAAGGAGUAUUAAAACAAUGUGAUUUAAAAAAUGUGUAUCUGCGAGAUAGCCCCAUUGAUGAAUUACCUCCAAAACCAAGUAUAAAUAAUUUAAAAAUGAAUAUUGAUAAAGAACAAGAAACGGUCAAUAAUUAUCAAAGAUAUAUAUUAGGCUAUACCGGAUAUAUACCAGGGAUGCAUUUUCGGUAUGGCAAAACUUUUUGUAGACUUGCUCAAGAAUGUGAAGACAAUAUGCUUGUCAAAUUAUCGUCAGAACAAAGUCGAAAAGCUAUUGAUAGACCUGUUCGGUUUUUGCCUCCAAAAAUGGUUCCAGAUAAAGCCAACAUGCGUCUACAACAUACUUUAAAUAAGUAUAAAAGAAGCAAAGAUUUUAAGGAUCAUAAAGUAUCUUCUGAAUUACCACCUAUAGCUGGUUAUACGGGUCAUAUUCCAAGACUAAAGGUAUCUAAUAUUUCAGUGAGUUUACCUUUUCAUCACUCAGCCAAACUUGGAUUGUCGGUUUUGAAACAAGACAACGGAAAUGCUGUCAAACAAUAUACUAGAUAAUUUGUAAAGAAUUUUUAUUUGUUAUUAUUAUUUAUCUACUGCGUAGAUAUUAUAUAAAAAUAGUUUUUCUUAAAUUAUAUUUAUAAUAUGUAAAACAUUUACACAAUUGUUUUUUUUAUAUAAUGUUUAUAUUCAUUUAUGCAACCAGUUACCUAAAUAAUUGAUUUUUAAAUGUUAAUAUCAAUUCAGAUAAAGUGUUGUAAACUGAAAAAUUAAUGAUGUCAAUUUAUUUAUGAUGAAUAAAAUCUAUUUAAUCUGAUA